UCUUGCUGGAAGUCGGCCUGGCGGCUGUCGAGGAGGCAUGGCUGCUGCCAGGAAACUCAACACUUUCCGCCUCCCGCCGUUGCCCACGAUUCGAGAGAUCAUUAAAUUGUUCAGACUGCAAGCACAGAAGCAGCUGUCCCAGAACUUCCUCCUGGACUUGAGGCUGACAGAUAAGAUUGUGCGGAAAGCUGGGAAUCUGACAGGUGCUUAUGUUUAUGAAGUGGGCCCUGGGCCCGGGGGCAUCACCAGAUCUAUUCUCAGUGCCAACAUCGCAGAGCUCCUGGUGGUCGAGAAGGACACGCGGUUCCUGCCCGGGUUACAGAUGCUGUCUGAUGCCGCACCUGGGAAACUGAGGAUCGUCCACGGAGAUGUGCUGACCUAUAGGGUUGACAGGGCUUUUCCGGAAAACCUGAAAAGAGCGUGGGAAGACGAUCCGCCCAAUUUCCACAUUAUCGGAAAUCUGCCUUUCAGUGUCUCCACGCCGCUGAUCAUCAAGUGGCUGAGGGCGGUCUCCCGCCAGGAGGGGCCUUUUGUUUACGGCAGGACGCAGAUGACGUUGACCUUUCAAAAGGAGGUGGCAGAGAGGCUGACGGCCAGCACAGGCAGCAAGCAGCGGAGCCGUCUCUCCAUCAUGGCCCAGUACUUGUGCAGCGUCCAGCAUGUCCUGACCAUCCCCGGCCAGGCCUUCAUCCCCAAACCAGAGGUAGACGUGGGCCUAGUGCACUUCGUUCCCCUGGUCCGGCCCACCAUCCAGCAGCCCUUCGACCUGGUGGAGAAAGUGGUCCAGCACGUGUUUCACUUCCGAAGGAAGUACUGCUACCGCGGCCUGGGAAUGUUGUUUCCUGAAGAUCGGCGCUUAGAGAGCACUGGAAGGCUGUUGCAGCUGGCUGAUGUGGAGCCCACGCUCCGGCCCUGCCAGCUGUCCCUCGCCCACUUCAGAAGCCUCUGUGACGUGUACCGAGGAAUGUGUGAUGGAGACCCGCAGCUCUUCGCCUAUAACUUCCGAGAAGAACUCAAGCAGAAUAAAAGCCGAAGCCGGGAGGCACGGGAGGCCCAGGAGCUUUGAGGCUUUCACAGGUUUAGCUGCUGGCCUUCGACUGUGGACACAGCUAGUGUGACCCAGGGCUGGGCUGCCCGGGGGUGUACUCUGGGGUCUUGUACUGAAUGAUAAUAAAAAUACCAGUGGCCGGG